AUGGAGCAUUUAAAGAAUCUUCAUUUCACACCCGAGACUCCUUUUGGGUUGCCACUUUAUCCUUUCUUUGAAAAGGCAUAUGAAGCUGUUGUCGGUGAACCAGCAUCCAAAUUCAGGUACAUUCCCUCAGUGACUCCCUUGUCUACUGUAAAUGAAGUUACAAUGACCUGUAUCACCUAUUUUAUUGUCAUCUUUGGCGGUCGUUUCUUAAUGACAAAUGUUGCUCCAUUCAAGCUUCAACUCCCUUUCAUGAUUCACAAUGUUCUUUUGACUUUGGUUUCCGGUAUCCUUUUGGUUUUGAUGGUCGAGCAAAUCUUCCCCAUCUUCUACCGUCAUGGUUUAAUGGCUGCUAUCUGUGCUAACGAAACCUGGACUCAACCUUUGGAAUUGCUCUACUACCUCAACUAUCUUGUCAAGUACUGGGAACUCAUUGAUACUAUCUUCUUGGUUUUGAAAAAGAAGAAGUUGGAAUUCCUCCACUAUUACCAUCACUCUUUGACUAUGGUCCUUUGCUUCACUCAGCUCAACGGUCAAACUUCAGUUUCUUGGGUUCCUAUUACUCUCAACUUGACUGUACAUGUCUUGAUGUACUACUACUACUUCCGCACCGCUGCUGGUGCCAAGAUCUGGUGGAAGAAGUACUUGACCACUCUUCAAAUCACUCAAUUCAUUAUUGAUCUCGUCGUCAUCUAUUUCUGUACCUACACCUACUUUGCCUACACUUACUGGCCUCACUUGCCCAACAUGGGAUCUUGUGCUGGUACUGAAACCUCAGCUCUCUUUGGUUGUGCUCUCUUGUCUUCAUACCUCGUUCUCUUCAUUAAUUUCUACCGUAUUACUUACCAAGCCAAGAGAGCUGCUGCCCGUAAGCAAAAGCAAGAAAAGGAAGAUCAAAAGUCAAGACCCAAGUCCAAGAAGGUCUAA